AUGCCAUCAUAUCGUUUCUUGGUGACAGCCAUUGAUGCUUAUGGACAUAUCAAUGCCGCUUUAGGGUUUGCUGAAGGUUUAAAGGCUGCUGGACAUGAAGUUUAUUUUGCUCAUCAUGAAAAACACAGACAUUUAGCGGUUAAAAGAGGAUUUUCAUUCAUUCCGUUUCCUAAAACAUUGAGUGUAGCAGAUAUGGGACAAGCAAUGAACUAUUGGAUUGCUUUGUGUGGAGAUGAAAUUCGUCAGGAACCAUUGAAACGUUACCUUACAAUGUCUGUAUUUGAACGAGAAUCUCUGGCAGGUUCAGUUCUUUACUUCACUCCAUUGAAUAACGCCUUGAAUGAUAUUGUCAAUGAUGAAAACUAUAAAUUUGAUGGAAUUGUUGGUGAUCUGACAGCUCCAUUCCCUUUUCUGUACAAGAAUUCAAUUCCUUGGUUUCCACUCACAUCGCUAAAUCCAUUGGUAUUGUAUCCAAAAGGACCUCCGCCGUCAUCUGGUUACUCAGUAAACAGUGAUCCAUCUAAUUGGGAUGAAUUUAGAGAGGCUUAUGCAAAAGCUCAUGCAAAGAUAACUGAGGCUACUAAUGCCUGCUUGGAUGCUGCCGGUCUUCCAAACGUAAGAUACAAUUCAGCGAGGUUCGUUGACAAUCCUCAGACCGUUGGAUUUUAUCAUUACCCAGCUGACUUGGAUUAUACUGAAUGUGAACCAAAAGAACCCAAUUGGCAUCGUGUUGAUGCCUGGGUUCGUCAACCAGAUUUGGAUACUGAAUUUGUUAUCCCAGAAAAGUUACAAGAUAAACCAGGAAAAGUAAUUUACUUUUCAUUGGGAUCAAUAGGAUCUGCCGAUUUGGUUAUAAUGAAAAAGUUGAUUGCUAUUCUAGCCAAAUCACCGCAUAAAUUUAUUAUAUCAAAAGGACCAAGAGGCGAUGAACUUGAAUUGGCUGACAACAUGUGGGGUGAAAAUUAUGUCAACCAGGUCGCGGUUGUUCAAAAAGCUGAUCUGGUUAUAACUCAUGGAGGGAACAAUACUUUUAUGGAAACACUUUAUUAUGGAAAACCAAUGAUUGUCAUUCCUUAUUUUUAUGAUCAAUUUGAUAAUGCACAAAGAGUGAUCGACAAAAAAAUUGGCUUUCGUCUCAAUCCAUAUCAAAUUGACGAAGAUUAUCUUCUUGAUUGCAUUGAGAAGAUAUUCAACGACAAGGAAAUGCUAGAUCGAGUUAAAGCCAUUUCGCAUAACAUGAGAACUUCAAACAGCUUUUCUGAAGCGAUCAAAAUGAUUGAAAAACAUAUUGAACAAAGUAAAAGUAAAUUGUAA